AUGGCUACUUCAAAGCAAAAGUUGUUUGUGAUCAUCUUGGCUUCAUGGGCGGUUGUAGGCUUAGGCCAGUUGACGUUGGAUCUUGAUGAGGAUAUCAAGGGACCAUUUCCAUGCAUGCAGAAACUGGCGCCUUGUCAAGUAAGAAAUCAAACCACCAAUGAUCCUGUUCCUGAGACAUGUUGUAAACCGUUGAGGGAUAUGCUCUUGGGUGACGAUAAGAAAUGCAUUUGCGACGCCUUUAGCGACCCUAUGGUGUUGAAGAAGCUGAACUCAACUCAGGAUAAUGCCAUGGAUCUUGUGUAUUAUUGUGGCGGGCAGCACAAGUCAUUAUGCGACGUCGACAGUAAGGAUACUAAGGAUAACGCAAAGCCAUCUUCACCAUCUUCCCCGCCAAGUCCACCGCCAGCUCAUAAUGCAGCCUCUCGUUUCUGCAAAUCUGGUUUUGCAGCCUCGUUCAUUGCAGCUCUGGUUUUUUCAGCAGCAUUUUAA